CGAUGGGAUCCCGGGUGAGUGUCGCUCACUGCGCGGGUGAGCAGCGCAGCAGGGCCAGGAGCGAGGCUUGCGGAGGAUGGAGCCCGGCCCACGCAGGGGUCCGCGGUCCAGCCGGUCCGCGGAGGUGUCCAAGCUCUGUGGGAGGACCUUUUGUUAUGUGUGCCCUCAUCCCGCUGGGGCGUGGAUGGUGCCCAGGACCCAGCCAGAGACCAGUUGAAGACAUUCUCCUCGGAAGCACUUACCAGGAGUUCCUGCCUUGGGUGCCGGGUCUGCCAUGGCGUUCCGUCGGACUGAGGGUGUGUCCAUGAUCCAGGCCCUCGCCAUGACUGUGGCUGAGAUACCAGUGUUCCUGUACACCACAUUUGGUCAGUCGGCAUUCUCUCAACUGCGGUUGACACCAGGCCUGAGGAAGGUUCUUUUUGCCACAGCCCUUGGGACUGUGGCCUUGGCCCUGGCUGCCCACCAGCUGAAGAGGCGCCGGCGGAAGAAGAAGCAGGUGGGCCCUGAGGUGGGAGGUGAACAGCUGGGCACGGUACCCAUGCCCAUCCUCAUGGCCCGCAAGGUGCCUUCAGUGAAGAAAGGCUACUCCAGCCGGAGGGUUCAGAGCCCCAGUAGCAAGAGCAACGACACUCUCAGCGGCAUCUCCUCCAUUGAGCCCAGCAAGCAUUCAGGCUCCUCCCACAGCCUGGCCUCGAUGGUAGUGGUCAAUUCAUCCAGCCCCACAGCCGCGUGCUCAGGUUCAUGGGAAACCAGAGGGAUGGAGGAGUCUGUGCCCACCACUGAUGGCAGUGCCGAGAGCCUCUAUGUGCAAGGCAUGGAGCUGUUUGAGGAGGCCCUUCAGAAGUGGGAGCAGGCACUGAGUGUGGGCCAGAGAGGGGAUGGAGGCAGCACCCCCACUCCAGGAGACAGCCUCCAGCACGCAGACACCUCGUCAGAGGCCCCGUCAGAGCCAGAGUCACAACGGAGGGAGUUUGCCGAGAAGCUGGAGUCCCUGUUGCACCGGGCCUACCACCUGCAGGAAGAGUUCGGCUCCACCUUCCCCUCUGAGGGCAUGCUGCUGGACCUUGAGAGGACCCUCAUGCUGCCCUUGACAGAGGGCUCACUGCGUCUUCGGGCCGAUGAUGAGGACAGCCUGACCUCGGAAGACUCCUUUUUCUCAGCCACUGAGCUCUUUGAGUCCCUGCAGGUCGGAGAUUACCCACUCCCUCUCUCCAGGCCUGCUGCUGCCUAUGAGGAGGCUCUGCAGCUGGUAAAGGACGGGAAAGUACCAUGUCGAACACUCAGGACAGAGCUGCUGGGCUGCUACAGUGACCAGGACUUCCUGGCCAAGCUGCAUUGUGUACGACAGGCCUUUGAGGGACUUCUAGAAGAGAGGAACAACCAGCUCUUCUUCGGGGAGGUCGGCCGGCAGAUGGUGACAGGCCUAAUGACCAGGGCUGAGAAGAGUCCCAAAGGCUUCCUGGAGAGCUACGAGGAGAUGCUGAGCUAUGCCUUGCGGCCUGAGACCUGGGCUACCACCCGGCUAGAGCUGGAGGGCAGAGGGGUGGCAUGCAUGAGCUUCUUCGACAUUGUGCUGGACUUCAUUCUCAUGGACGCCUUCGAGGACCUGGAGAACCCCCCGUCUUCGGUGCUUGCUGUCCUGCGGAACCGCUGGCUGUCCGACAGCUUCAAGGAAACAGCCCUAGCCACGGCGUGCUGGUCUGUCCUGAAAGCCAAGAGGAGGCUCUUGAUGGUGCCCGAUGGCUUCAUCUCUCAUUUCUACUCCGUAUCGGAGCAUGUCAGCCCUGUGCUGGCCUUUGGCUUCCUCGGACCCAAGCCGCAGCUGGCGGAAGUCUGUGCUUUCUUCAAGCACCAGAUUGUGCAGUACCUGAGGGACAUGUUCGACCUGGACAACGUGCGCUACACGUCGGUGCCAGCCCUAGCGGAGGACAUCCUACAGCUGUCCCGGCGCCGCAGCGAGAUUCUGCUGGGCUACCUGGGCGCACCAGUGGCUAGUAGCACUGGGCUGAAUGGGCCACUGCCCCGAGAAAAUGGGCCCCUGGAAGAGCCGCAAUAAUGGGGACAGGCUGGAGGGGAAAGGUGGCUGCCUGGGCCUCAGUCACAGGGGUGAUGGGAGACAGAAGGCUGCCCCUCCCUUCCUUUGGGUUGACAUCCAAGGGCCAGGGUGGCCAAGGGCCAUUGUCCCUGGGCCUGUUCCACCCCCUCCUCUGGGAAUCCCAACAUCCAGAGGACAAAUUCAAUGGAGUGGAACCACUAGGAGCCUGUCCAGCUGCCCUCAGGGUUCCCUGGGCAACAGAGGCAGGCCAGAGACAGCAGGGCCUGACCAGGAGAGACAGUGAGAGAGGAAGGUGUGCUAUAGAAUUGCUCUGAGUAUGGACCACAGAACCCCAACCCCUCUGGGCUGCAGACAGAGGGCAAGGAGGUGAUAGGUGAAGGAUAGGACAUGCAGAGCUAUGUGGUGACAGUCACAGGGUCCUGGAAUAGGCGCUACCUCUGGCUACAUAUUGCCAGCACCCAGGCUUCUGGCCAGUACAGAAAGCCCCAUCUGGGCCAUCCAGACGCAGGCUUGCCCUACCUGUGCUCACUUGUGAGCCAGGGCUACCCCCUCACAAACCCAGGCACCAACCCAGGACACUGGCCUCCCACAGUCCCACGCCCUGCCACCUCUGCCAGCCUCCAAAGAUGGCUGCUUCCCAUUCUCCUGUGAGCCUGGCACUCUCUGGGCAGUGCUAAGCUCCAACAGAGGGCCCUAACCAGAGCUCACAAAGGCCUAUCCCCUGUGUUGCCAUCUGCUGCUCCAGAAGUGAGGAUCUAGGACUCAUGGCAGGGAGGGCAGAGGAUGACAGAGGAUGCACAGCAGGCCAGCCCCUCCUCGCUUCUAACAAGAAGCUGGACUCAGCACUUUGCCUUCAACUCCGUGCACAUGUACCCUGGGCACAGAGCCCACCUCAGGGCUGCUGCCACCCAGGGUCCUGCCGACAGUCCUGCUAGCAUCUGUCACAGGGGUGACAUCUGUCACAUGGGCUGCCACCGGGGUCCUGGCAGCCCUCUCCUUUUGCCUGAGCUGGGAAGUUUUUAUUUAUUGCCUUAACACUUUAUUUGGCUGCCCGCCCCCCCCCCCCUUCCAGGUUGUGAGACCUGCAGGAGAAGAGUGCUGUUCUGGAGUUGAGCACUGGCUCCUAGGAUCAAGUGCCUCUCCCUGGAAGGGGAAAGGGCUCCCCAGGGUCAUGAGGAUGCAGUGAGGAGAGGGUGUCUCUGGCUCCAGGUCAUCCUCUCUGAGGCCUGUGCUCAGAAGGGAGCAGCCCUCACGCACUCAGUCUUGACAUUCCAUUCAUUUGCACUUAACCCUGAGCUGUGAAUGUAUCCCUGGGCCGAGGCCCACUCUGACUUUCCCUUAAUCACACAGCAGUGGCAUUUCCAUCUUGUCCUUGUCAUGUGUCCAUGCACUGGCCUCGAGCACUCGAUGUCACAAAUCCCAGUGGUAGAGCGUGUGCAGUGACUGUGAGUCAGAUAAAGGAUCGAAAUGGA